CUUUUUAUAUUUAUGCUAAGUUUAUUUGACAAGAAAAUCAAAAACGCCAUUUUUAAGCACGAAAGAGAGAGAGAAAAGAUACAGAGAAAGAAGAGAGAGAGAGAUGGUUGGGUUCACCACCUGCAUUGACAUUUCGACGAUUCCCACCAAUAAUGAGGGUUUUUACGCGACCAACAACCAGUUCCAGAAAAGAGGUCCCAAGGGUUUCAUCCAAGUCAAGGUUCUCGAAAACGACAAACUUUACGUGCGUGUCGACUUGCCUGGGGUUCCAGACGACGCUGUCCACCACAGAGUCGACUCCGUUAGGCAAAAGGUGGUGUUUUUCUCUGCGGUGACCUUCAACGACGGCUACGAGAAGGAGGGCGUGCGUGAGUACUCCGGAACCGCCGGUCUGGGCUGUGACUGCUGCGAGAUCACCGGAGUGGAUGCCAAGAUGAAAGAUGGAGUCUUGAGGAUGAUUCUCUCGAGGGUCAAGGUCAAGGACCAUGACAGAAAGUGUACCCACACUGUGCCUCCUUUCACAGGUAAAUCUGGAGGACGCGUGGAGGAGCAUCCGUUUGUGGUGAAAGGUCGCAAGCGAGCCUUCGUUGGAGAACCGACAGCUGAUGGUGGUCUUUUCUUCGCUGUGGAUGUACCUGGUGUUGGCGAUGGUGAUGUUGAAGUGCUUGCUAACGAGAGUGAAAUUAAGUUCACUGCUGAGGUCAAGAACGUGUUCGAGCACGAUGAAAGUGGACGUCUUUACCUUGGAAGCGUCGAUACUUCUUGGUCUGGCUCUUCUGCAGCUUCGCUUUUGAGUCAUAACAUCACCGGUGCUGUGAACUUUGGUGUUCUCAAGGUUCUCAUUACCCCUCGUCGUCCCAACAACACCACCACCAACGAAUAAUCAAAUUUUUCUCACUGCGUUUUAUUGUCACCUAUCUAUCCCUUUUGUCCUAUGAGUACUUGGAUUGGCUACUCCUGUUCGUUUUAAACUGUUGAGAACUGACACUGUUGUUUGUGUUGGUUCUGCGUUUGUGUUUGCUACGGAACUUAGUGAUUCAUGUCACUUGUUUUCUCAAUCUAGUCUUUUUUUGCCUAA